AUGAGAUUCAUUGCUGAUGAUCUUGCUCUUGCUCAAAGCCCCGUGUCUGAAGAAGACCUUAUGAACCCAAUUACAAAUGCUACUACUGUUUCCUUCAUUACCACAAUCUCAUGGCUCUUUGACAUAGGGGACUCACACCAUGUGACUUUCGAGACAUCUGGCCUCCAACAUGCCUCUGCAUAUGGGGGCCCAGACAAAAUUCUAAUUGGAAACGAAUUGAUCUUCAAGGGCUCGUUCUUAUUUUUUGUUUGA